AUGGGAAAGAGCAAGGUCCUUGUUGUGGGGGGAACUGGGUAUGUGGGAAGGAGGAUAGUGAAGGCAAGUCUAGAACAAGGGCAUGAAACCUAUGUUCUUCAACGUCCAGAGAUAGGGUUAGACAUUGAGAAGCUGCAGAUGCUGCUUUCAUUCAAGAAGCAAGGUGCUCACCUUGUGGAGGCUUCUAUUGCUGAUCAUCAGAGCUUGGUGGAUGCUGUGAAACUUGUGGAUGUUGUGAUUUGCCCCAUGUCUGGGGUUCAUUUUCGCUCUCACAACUUGCUGUUGCAGCUCAAACUUGUUGAGGCCAUCAAAGUUGCAGGCAAUGUCAAGCGUUUUCUGCCUUCAGAAUUUGGCAUGGACCCAGCACGUAUGGAACAUGCACUUGAACCGGGAAGAGUGACAUUCGAUGAGAAAAUGAUUGUAAGGAAAGCAAUUGAAGAUGCCAACAUCCCUUUCACUUACAUCUCUGCUAACUGCUUUGCUGGCUACUUUGCUGGUAACCUCUCUCAAAUGGGGACCCUCCUCCCUCCCCGAGACAAGGUCUUGCUCUAUGGUGAUGGAAAUGUCAAAGUUGUUUUCAUGGAUGAAGAUGAUGUUGCAACAUACACAAUCAAGACAAUUGAUGAUCCUCGAACAUUGAACAAGACUGUAUACCUAAGACCACCAGAAAACAUUCUCACUCAAAGACAGCUAAUUGAGAAGUGGGAGAAGCUCAUAGGGAAGCAACUAGAGAAGUCCAGCAUAAAUGAACAAGAUUUUCUUGCUUCCAUGAAAGGUUUAGACUAUGCAAGUCAAGUGGGAGUGGGGCACUUCUAUCAUGUUUUCUAUGAAGGGUGUUUGACAAACUUUGAAAUAGGAGAAGGUGGAGAAGAAGCGUCAGUGCUUUAUCCAGAGGUGAAUUACACGCGUAUGGAUGAAUACCUUAAAGUGUAUCUGUGA